GUUGGGGGCGGGGGUGCAGAGAGCUCCCGAGCACCAAGUUCUGCUGACCCCUGGCUUCUCCAUCUUGCUGUGUGGUCUCAGCUAAUUCACAGGAAAACGGGAGUCUCGUGGCUGCUUUUGGCUGGAGGUCUAAGGGAUCAUCUUUCUCCUGCUCCAGACUUGCCUUAGUCCUGCAAAGGGUAGAAGACUGCCAUGGCGGCCCUGGCGUCCGUCCUGAGCACAGGGUUUGAGGCUCUGGUCAUCGGAGAGGUUCACGAGAACAUUACUCUGCGCUGUGGCAACGUCUCGGGACCAAGGGGCCCAGUAACCUGGUACCGGAAUGACUCGGAGCCUGUCUUCCUCCUGUCUUCCAAUUCUAGCAUCCCACCAGCUGAGCCACGCUUCUCUCUGGCAAAUGCCAGCUCGCUGCACAUCAAGGUGCUCAGGCCUCAGGAUGAGGGGAACUACACCUGUCGGGAGGUCCUGAACGAGACUCGGUGGUUCCGAGUGUGGCUACAGAUGGCCCGAGGCCCCUAUGAGGUUGAAGUCAAUAUCUCCAGCACUGGUGCACUCCCCAAUGGCACCCUCUAUGCAGCGAAGGGCUCCCAGGUAGACUUCAGCUGUAACAGUAGCUCUCGGCCUCCACCGAUGGUUGAAUGGCAGUUCCAGGCCCCAGAUUCCAGCACCGAGACCUUUGGAAACAAUCUGACUGCCAGCUGCUUCUCUCUGCUGCUGAUGUCACAGAACCUCCAAGGGAACUACACUUGUUUGGCCACGAACAUGCGUAGCAGGAGACAGCGAAAGGUGACCACCGAGCUGCUGGUCUACUUUCCCCCUCCAUCAGCCCCUCAGUGUUGGGCAGAGAUGUCACAAGGAUCGCUCAUGCUGCAGCUCACCUGUCGCUGGGACGGAGGAUACCCAGACCCAGACUUCCUGUGGACAGAAGAGCCAGGAGGUGUGGUCGUGGGGAUGUCAAAGCUGGGGGUAAAGAUGCUGAACCAGUCCCAGCUGUCAGAUGGCAAGAAGUUCAAGUGUGUUGGGAGCCACAUAGUGGGGCCGGAGUUGGGAGCCAGCUGCGUGGUACAGAUCAGGAGCCCCUCCCUUCUCUCUGAGCCCAUGAAGACUUGCUUCGUGGGGGGCAAUGUGACACUCACCUGCCAAGUGUCUGGAGCCUACCCCCUUGCCAAGAUCCUGUGGCUGAGGAACCUCACCCAGCCUGAGGUGGUCAUCCGGCCCAAUGGCCACUAUCUCAUCACGCAGGAUGGGCAGAGCUCUACUCUCACCAUCCGCAACUGUUCCCAGGUUGUGGAUGAGGGCUACUACGUCUGUCGGGCUGAGAACCCCGUGGGGGUGCGAGAGGUGGACAUCUGGCUGAGUGUGAAAGAACCUUUAAAUAUCGGGGGAAUUGUGGGAACCAUCGUGAGCCUCCUGCUGCUGGGACUGGCCAUUAUCUCAGGGCUUCUGUUGUAUUAUAGCCCUGUGUUCUGCUGGAAAGUAGGAAACACUUUCAGGGGGCAAGACAUGGGUGAUGUCAUGGUUUUGGUGGAUUCAGAAGAAGAGGAGGAGGUAGAGGAGGAAAAUGCUGCAGAAGAGGAGGAGGAAGAAGAGGAAGAAGCAAACGAGGGGGAGGAGUCACCAGAAGAAAUCCCUAAGCAUGGUCACAUUCAUAGAGUGACUGCACUGGUGAACGGGAAUGUUGACUGGAUGGCCAAUGGUCUCCAGGCUUUGCAAGACAACAGCAGUGAGGAGCAGAGUGAUAUCAUUCAGGAAGAAGACAGGCCUGUUUGAACAAGAGAACUGUCCUCCACGAUCCUGUCCUAAAAGCUUGGAAAGCAAUGUCGAAGAUGAGCUUUUCAUUCUGCUUUGACUUGACUUGUGCCCCUGCCUGAAGGCUUAAAAUGGUUUGGGACUCUCAGCAAAACAAAAAACAAAAAAACAUGGAUUUUCUCCCCCCCGCCCCCGGCCCCCCGCAAAUUGGCUUGAUUUGCUGUAAGUUUUCUCAUGGAUGUUAACAAGUGUUGGGGAUGGGUAGCCAAUAGGGGAAAGAUGCAUUUGCCCCCUGAGGUGCCUGUUCCACUGUGACUUCUGGCUUCAUCUUGGUUGAUGCUGAUGCGGAGGUAGCAGGAGCAGGAGGAAGCACUUGACUUCCAGGCUCUCAGUGCACUAUUUGUGGUCUGGGAGUAGCUUGCCCCAAUACACAAGGGAAUAGCAUGCAGUGAUAGAGACGCCUCCUUUGUCACUGCGCAGGGAAGCUGGAAAACCAGACAUCCCCUGGAAAAGGUUAAGGAGGUGUCAGCCACUGAUGCUAGUCAGAGGGAGGCACUUUGGCUCAGGUUCUGGAGCUGGAAACACCUAGGCUUGAGAGUAGGCCUUGUCACUUGCUUGUUCCUGGGCUCCGGCACGUUGCUUUACCCCUCCCUGGGCCUCUGUUUCCUCAUCUGUAAAACAGGUGAAGUGAUUACCUGCCUUAUGGCACAGUGGGGACUGAAUGAGGUAUCUGUGGAUGUGAAAGUGUCCAGGAGGUAUUCAGUAGACAAUUUCUUACCCUCUGGACUUUGCCCUCUCUAGUGGAAGAAACAAUGUCAACUGUAAAUUAGAAGCUGUUGCCUGGGUCUCUUGUUCUUUAUAGAAUGGUUUCAGAGGAGAGCAUUAUCAGAGCUCUCCUGACCAUAUUUGCUUCCCUGGAGGUAUAUAAUUCUUUUCAAAAGAGGUAGGGGCCCCUAAGAGGAAGUGCCUUUCAUUAGAACCUCUCAUUUUGCAGAGCUUCAUACUAAUACAAAAGCCUCUUAGGUGAUACCCUGGUAGCUUUCAGACUCUCCCAUUCUCCUCUUUUUUCCUGUGGCUCCGAAAGAAGGCAGGAGAAAUGUUUUGCAAUGGAGUAUCUGGUGAUAAGUACUCCCUGGGCAGACUAGUUCAUCUGGCCUCAGUUUCUCCAUCUUGGAAAUAGGAAUGGGAAAAGUUGCUUCCUUCCUACUGCUUCUCUACACCUUAUGAGGAUGCAUUGAUCAAUAAUACUAAGUUUUGAAUUAAAUCAAAUAACAUCUGAUGAGUUUAAGCUGUUUCCAGAUCCCUAUACAGCCCAGAGAUUUUUCUUCUCUGAUUUCAUCCAAGCCUCUUAAAUGUCAGAAACCUAAUAAGGGUGCAAAAGACGUAUGCUGAACAUGAAAAUCUGACUUGACUUUGCACUUUUUAAUGCUCAUAUCCUGCUUAAUAGGCAAGACCUAGGGCUUCAGAGAGAGCUUCCUUUCUCCAAAUAACAGGGACUGGGAUUCAGGUAAGAUAAGAAACUGGUUAUCUGCAGCCUUCCCCUGCAGCUGUGGUGUAGAGGGGGUCUAUUUUCUUGGAUGAAUGAAAACGCUGUACUGAGCAAAUCUCUAGAAGUGAGCCCUGUCCCCAGCUUGGAGCCCUGUGGAUCGCAGGAGCUGACUGCACUUUCCACCCCUCAGGAAUAGGUGCGAACUGCAAUUCUUGCGUGCUCAGGCUUCUGUUGCCUAGUACUUCCUGUACUUCAUCCCUCUGGAUGGCUAAAUUAGUGUUUUAGAACAGGAGACUUGAGUUGCUUCUAAAGUCACUGAACUCUGAGCUCAUGUCCCUUUAGAAUCUUCUGUGAUUCUGUGAAUUUGAGAGUUCACUCUACAGAGUCAACCAUAUUUAAAAAAAAAGAAACAGGAAAAGAAGUCCCUAGAUACGAACCCAGAGAAUGAUUUGAAAGAUGACUGAGAUGCUUUCCAUAACUACUUCUUCUCUUGCAUAUGCACCUGAUGAUGGGAAAUCUCUGGAGAAGGAUUUUUCCACUAGCAGUUGGGGGCUUCCAGGUCUUAUUGCCAAACACUAUAAACCCUAGGUUAGCUGAGCCACAACUUCUGUCGCUUGUUUCUGAGCCCUGUGUGUACAUCGAUAUAGCUGGGCCAGUUAAGAGCACAGGUACUGGCGGUCUUCAAGUUUUAAGGAUUUUUAAAGAAUUAGGGCUUUCUUUUAAGAUGAUCCAACCCCAAACUACAAACAUGUUGAUAGUGGGUUACAAACUGUGUGGCAAAGUCCAAGUUGUUACAUUGUGCUGUUACACAAUCUUAUCUGAAUGUAUUGUGAACUCCAAGAUCUGUUUAUCAGGACCAGGAAGAUAAAUACUUAAGGGCUAUCACAACUGACAUUUCAGAAGGCAAUCCUGUGGCUUUGAAAUUAGUUCUAAUUCUCACAAGCACAUACAGGCCCUAUUCCUGCAGAUAGCCCAUGAUGAAAAACUUCCAUAAUGCAUGCACCGAAAUCUGCAAAAUCAUCCCUGCCAGGUAAAAUUUAUUGUGAUGCAGGAAGUACCAACUGGUAAUUCUCACCACGGACUGACCAGGAACUGUUGCGAAGAAGAAUGAGCAGAUCCCUCUGCAUUAUUUACAUUUUAAUAUUUGGUGUGUGAUGGGGGUGGGGGGAAUGGGCAAGAGAAAUUUAUUCUGAGGUAUAAUAUGGAUUUUUUAAAAAAGAUUAUGGAAUAAAGUUAUUUUUAAAUAAAUGCUUUCAUGAUCUUGA